AACAGCGGGUGGCGAGAGGGGUGGUUGGCUAGGUUGGCGUGCAACACUCCCCCUCCCUUUCCCGGGAAAAGGGGCCCUCCAGCCGAAGGGAUUCCUUCCCGCGGGACGUCUAAAGAUGGAGCAUCUGCAAUUCAGUCUAGCGGGUCCGUUGCAAUUAAUAGCGCAAAGGAACGAGAGGAGCAGCGGCGAGCUCAGCCGGUUCCUCGCCAAACAGAUCUGGAGUCAUCAGGACCGUCAGUGCAUUCUCACUGCCCUGUCACAGUUAUUACUAGAUAAAGAAUGCACUCUUCUGAUUGGCCGUCAGCUUCGUCCAAUCUUAUUGGAUUUAUUGGAAAGAAAUGCAGAAACAAUUAAAUCUUGUGGCCAGAUCAACCAUGAUCUUCAUGAGAGACUUUGUGUUGCAAUGAGCAAACUUAUUGGUGAUCAUCCAGAUGUGAUGCCAUUUGCUUUGAAAUAUUUUAAGGACACUUCACCUGUAUUUCACCGACUUUUCCUGGAGAGUUUGGAUACAAAUGUGGUUCGAUAUGGACGACGCAGAAUGAAGUUGAGGGAUCUCAUGGAGGCAGCCUACAAAUUUCUCCAAAAAGAUCAGGCUGUAUUCAGAGAGUUAUGGGAUUGGAGCGUUUGUGUCCCUUUACUAAGAAGUCAUGAUACUUUGGUUCGAUGGUAUACUGCCAGCUGUCUUGCUUUGGUUACAUGCAUGAAUGAUGAGCAUCGAUUAUCUUUCCUGAAGAAAACUUUUAAUCCAGAAGAGUUAAUACAUUUUAGGCUUAAGCUUGUGGAAGAGUCUCGGGUGCAGAACAUUGAGCAGGCCUUAGUUCUGGCCAACUCAGACCAAAACUUCUGGAGCAAAGGAGAGAAGCUGCGGUACACUCAGGGAGAGCUGGUUGCUGCUGACCUUUGUGCAAAGGUGGUAGCAGUGUGUGGAGUUCUCUUACCUAGACAACAGUUUGAGCCUAGAGAAAAUCAGGAAAACAUCUUGAACAAUUUUGUGUUGGUGAAUUCUGUCUGUGCGCAUCUCCAGAAUCUGGCCAUGGCUGUGUCUUCACAAAAGGCAGUGCUUCUUGAAGGGCCGGUAGGAUGUGGCAAAACAUCUCUAGUAGAGUUCUUGGCAGCAUUUACUGGAAGAACAAAGCCACCUCAUAUUCUGAAAGUCCAGCUAGGAGAUCAAACUGACAGUAAGACUUUGCUGGGCAUGUAUCGUUGCACAGAUAUACCAGGACAGUUUGUGUGGCAACCAGGGACUUUGACUCAAGCAGUUAGCAGAGGGCACUGGAUACUUUUAGAAGAUAUUGAUUAUGCUGCCCUUGACGUGAUUUCUAUAUUGAUUCCUCUUCUGGAAAAUGGAGAGUUAUUGAUUCCUGGACGAAAUGACUGUAUAAAAGUAGCCCCUGGAUUCCAUCUUUUCGCUACGAGAAGAGUCUUCAGUUACGGAGGUGGUUGGUAUAGGCAGCAAAACAGUCAUGCUGCUCUUUUGGACAAGUACUGGACAAAAAUUAUGCUGGACAACUUGCCUAAGGCUGAACUGAAAGAGAUUCUUCAGAGAAGUUACCCUAAACUUGCCACUGUAACGGAUUGUCUGUUGGAUAUCUACAUUGAGCUUACUGGUGAUAAACAUUUAUCUGAAAACCAAGUUGUGGACAAUGAGAAUAUAAUGGAAGAUGCAUCAUGCUUGACUGUAAAUAAAAAGCCAUGUUUGGAGGGUAGAGAGUUAUCUCUAAGGGAUUUACUCAAUUGGUGCAACAGAAUUGCAUUCAACUUUAACAGUUCUGCUUCCUCUACUGCACUGAACAUUUUCCGUGAGGCAUUAGACUGUUUCACAGCUAUGCUGUCAAAACAAUCCAAUCGACUAAAAAUGGCCCAAAUCAUUGGAAGCAAACUGAACAUUUCCAAGCAUAAGGUGGAAUACUACUGUCAACUUCAUAAGCCAGAAAUUGUAAUAGGAGAACAAGAAGUCUCUGUGGGAAGAGCUCAGCUCAUUAAGAAGCAGUCACACACACUACUUAUGCAACGGAAAAGGCAAAGCUUUGCACCUACACGCCCAUCUUCAGUGUUGCUUGAACAGCUUGCAGUAUGCGUGGACAAAGGAGAGUCUGUAUUACUUGUGGGUGAAACAGGAACAGGAAAAACUUCUGCUGUUCAAUACUUGGCCCAAAUUACAGGGCACCGUUUGAAAGUUAUCAACAUGAACCAGCAGAGUGAGACUGCAGAUCUUCUAGGAGGAUAUAAGCCAGUGGAUAACAAGCUGAUAUGGCUGCCCUUGAGAGAGUCUUUUGAGGAGCUUUUUGCACAGACAUUUUCAAGAAAGCAAAACCAGACGUUUUUAGGGCAUAUCCAAACAUGUUAUCGACAGAAGCAUUGGCCUAACCUUCUCAAACUGAUGCAGCAUGUUUACAAAUCUGCUAUUAAUAAGGAGGCUAAAGAAAAUGCAUCUGGCUUGCCCCUGAGGAAAAAAUGGGAAGAAUUUGGUAUCCGAUUGAAUCAUGCUCAGCAGCAGAUGAAGAUGACAGAAAAUGCACUGGUCUUUGCAUUUGUAGAGGGCACCCUAGCACAAGCAGUGAAGAAAGGAGAAUGGAUUCUACUGGAUGAGAUUAAUUUAGCUACAGCAGAGACAUUAGAAUGUUUAAGUGGUUUACUUGAAGGGUUGUCUGGUUCAUUAGUUUUACUAGACAGAGGAGACACAGAGCCAUUGGUACGUGAUCCCAAUUUUCAUUUAUUUGCCUGUAUGAAUCCAGCUACUGAUGUUGGAAAAAGAAAUCUACCUCCAGGAAUACGAAACAGGUUUACUGAAAUCUACAUAGAAGAAUUACAGAAUGAAGAAGAUUUAUAUAUUCUUAUAAUGGAUUAUCUGAAAGGGCUAAAUGUGAGCAAAAACAUAGUUCAUGGGAUCAUCACCUUCUACCUGACAGUGAGAAAAGAGUGUGAAUCAAAACUGGUGGAUGGGACAGGCCGUAAGCCUCAUUAUAGCCUUCGCACCUUGUGUAGAGCUUUGAAGUUUUCAUCAUCCAAUCCAUGCAACAAUAUCCAGCGCUCACUUUAUGAGGGCUUUUGCUUGGGUUUUCUUACUCAGCUUGAUAGAAACUCUUAUCCAGUUGUUCAGCACCUCAUAUGUCAGCAUAUUUUAUUUGGCAACACAAAAAGUCUAAAGCAGUCCUUACCAGAGCCUAAAGGAGGCAAAAUGAUAACAAUUGAAGGAUACUGGAUUUCAGCUGGUGAUAACGAACCUACUAUUGAUGAGACUUACAUUCUCACACCUUCAGUCAAACUUAACCUCAAAGAUAUUGUCCGAGUUGUAUCAGCUGGGACAUACCCUGUUCUGAUUCAGGGAGAUACUUCUGUUGGUAAAACCAGCUUAAUCCGAUGGUUGGCUGCUGCAAGUGGAAAUCAUUGUGUUCGGAUUAAUAACCAUGAGCACACUGACAUUCAGGAGUAUAUAGGUUGUUAUACAUCAGAUAUAUCUGGAAAGCUGAUUUUUAAGGAAGGUGUCCUCAUUGAUGCAAUGCGAAAGGGAUACUGGAUUAUCUUAGAUGAACUGAAUUUGGCACCUACCGAUGUUUUAGAGGCACUGAACAGAUUGUUAGAUGACAACAGAGAGCUGUUCAUUACGGAGACUCAAGAAACCAUCAAAGCUCAUCCACGAUUCAUGCUGUUUGCAACCCAGAACCCUCCAGGACUAUAUGGAGGCAGGAAGGUUUUAUCUAGAGCCUUCAGAAAUAGAUUUGUGGAGCUGCAUUUUGAUGAGUUACCCAGUACAGAAUUGGAAAACAUUUUGCACAAAAGAUGCCAGCUUCCACCUUCUUACUGUAGCAAUUUGAUCAAAGUCAUGCUGGAACUACAGUCUUAUCGCAGAGGUUCAUCAGUGUUUGCAGGCAAGCAUGGCUUCAUUACUCUCCGUGACCUGUUUCGCUGGGCAGAAAGGUACCGAUUAGCAGAACAGACAGUGAAAGACUAUGACUGGCUUCAGCAUUUAGCAAAUGAUGGAUUUAUGCUUUUAGCAGGAAGAGUCAGGAAACAAGAAGAAGUGGAUAUUAUUCAAACAGUCAUUGAAAAAUAUUUUAAAAGAAAAUUGGAUCCCCAGUAUCUUUUCUCAGAAGAAAGUGUGAAAAAACAGCUAGCUGCUGGGCUACCUAGAAUGGAUGAGGAAUUCAGCCACAUUGUAUGGACUCAAGGAAUGAGGAGACUUGCAGUCUUGGCAGGCCGAGCUUUGGAGUUUGGUGAACCCGUACUACUGGUUGGAGAUACAGGGUGUGGCAAAACAACUAUUUGUCAGAUCUUUGCAGCCAUAGCAAAUCAGAAGUUGUAUUCUGUGAACUGCCACUUGCACAUGGAGACAUCAGACUUUCUGGGAGGACUGCGGCCAGUUAGACAGCAUUCAAAGGACAAGGAUGAAGUUGACAGUUCUAAGCUCUUUGAAUGGCAUGAUGGAGCCCUUGUUCUAGCAAUGAGAGAGGAUGGCUUUUUCCUCAUGGAUGAGAUUUCAUUAGCAGACGAUUCUGUUCUAGAAAGACUCAAUAGCGUCUUGGAAAUUGAAAAAACAUUGGUGAUAGCAGAGAAGGCUAGUGAGGACAGCGAAAUUGAGCUGCUGACUGCAGGAAAGAAAUUUCGUAUUUUAGCUACAAUGAAUCCUGGGGGUGACUUUGGGAAGAAAGAGCUAUCACCUGCCCUUCGUAAUCGGUUUACCGAAAUAUGGUGUCCGCAAAGUAAUAGCCGUGAGGAUUUAAUACAGAUCGUUAAGCACAAUCUUUAUCCAGGACUCUGUCUAUCCACAAAAAAUGAAGUAGAAAUGGAUAUAGCGAAACUCAUGAUGGAUUUCAUAGGUUGGCUGAGUAAUCAAGAGUUUGGGCAUAAUUGUAUUCUCAGUAUUCGGAACAUUUUGUCAUGGGUCAAUUUCAUGAAUGUUAUGGCACAAGACAGACUGCUUGCUGGUCCAGAGGAACACCAGUUCUUUUGCGUUUCUCCAGUGCUGACCUUUGUUCAUGCUGCAUGUCUCGUAUAUAUUGAUGGCAUUGGCUCAGGCACAAUGUCCUGUUCUUGUGGUUCGACCACUCAGGCUCGUGAAAAAUGUCUGGAUUAUUUGUGUGGAAAAAUUUCCCGAAUUCUGCAACUCAAUGAUGAUCAGAGGAUUGUAUUGAGAAUGUAUGAUCUGGAAAGAGAAAGGGAAAUGGCUUGGAUGGAGGGUUAUGUUGGGAUCCAUCCUUUUUAUAUACCAAGAGGCCCACUUUACCAGAAGAACAACCUAUUGGACUAUGCUCUAAACGCAGGCACCACUUCAAUGAAUGCACAGCGGUUGUUACGAGCCUUGCAGCUAAGCAAACCGAUUCUCUUGGAAGGCUCUCCAGGGGUUGGGAAGACGAGCUUAGUGGCUGCCCUGGCCAAGGCUUCAGGAAAUUGCCUCAGUCGAAUCAAUCUCUCUGAACAAACAGAUAUAACAGAUUUGUUUGGCACAGACCUGCCUGUUGAAGGAGGCAAAGGUGGGGAAUUUGCCUGGCGUGAUGGACCAUUGCUUGCAGCACUAAAAGCAGGACACUGGAUUGUAUUAGAUGAACUGAAUUUGGCUUCUCAGUCAGUGUUAGAAGGCCUGAAUGCUUGUUUUGACCACCGGGCAGAGAUUUAUGUACCUGAGUUGGGGAUGAGUUUUCAUGUUCAACACAAGAUGACAAAGAUCUUUGGAUGCCAAAAUCCUUACAAGCAAGGAGGUGGCAGAAAAGGAUUACCUAAGUCAUUUCUGAAUAGAUUCACGCAGGUUUAUAUAGACCCACUUUCUGCAUCAGAUAUGGAAUACAUUGGGAAUACUCUUUUUCCAGCCAUUGACAAGGAAAUAAUUGUGAAGAUGGUUGAAUUCAACAAUAAGAUUGAGCAAGAAAUUACAAUUGAGAAGAAGUGGGGACAUAAAGGUGCACCUUGGGAAUUUAACUUGCGUGACCUUUUCCGAUGGUGUCAGCUAAUGCUUAUAGACCAGUCACCUGAGACUUAUGACCCUGGCAAACACAUGUUUUUGAUCUACGGAGAAAGAAUGAGAACAAAAACAGACAGAGAAAUGGUAGUGUCUCUGUUCAAGGACGUUUUUGGGCAGAAUUGUAAGCCCUAUACAGGAAGUAGGCAAUUCUACAUCACACCUUAUGACAUUCAGGUUGGCUACUCAGUCCUCUCCCGUGCCAAUUAUGUCCCACCUCCAGGCAGAAAUCUGUUGCUCCUCCACCAUUCACUGCAGCCCCUAGAAGCCAUCAUGAAAUGUGUACAUAUGAGCUGGAUGGUAAUCUUGGUGGGCCCAGCUGCUGCUGGCAAGACUAGCCUGCUUCAGUUACUGGCAUAUCUAACAGGCCAUCAGUUAAAGAUUAUGCCAAUGAACAGUUCUAUGGAUACUACAGAGUUAUUAGGUGGAUUUGAGCAAGUUGACAUCAUUCGGCCGUGGAAAUUCUUGCUGGAAAAGGUAGAGAAUGUUGUCAGCACCCUUCUAAGAGACAGUCUCCUCCUCAAUACCAUGUGCCCUGAGGAUGCUGAAGUUGUCUUGCGUGCCUGGAGCAAUUUCAUUUUUAAUUUCAAACCCAAAUCUUUUGGGGAAGGGAAUCAAAAUAUAACCAUUGAGUUGGUGAAUAAGUUGGAAGGAGUACUAGUGCUAGUCCAGAGACUCAACAGCAAGAUCAGCUCAAUUUCAAAGUCAGAAUUUUCAACACUUGUAGAAGAGUUUCGUCACUUCAAGUUGCAAAUAGUUCAAUUUAUGAAUGGCCAUACUCAUGGGACUUUCGAAUGGGUUGAUGGGAUGUUAGUUCAGGCUUUAGAGGCUGGAGACUGGCUUCUAAUGGACAAUGUAAACUUCUGCAGCCCUUCUGUGUUAGACCGCUUGAAUGCUCUGCUUGAACCCAGAGGAGUCCUGACCUUGAGUGAAAGAGGAGUGAUAGAUGGAGUAACUCCCAGUGUUGUUCCUCACCCGAAUUUCAGACUUUUUCUUUCAAUGGAUCCCGCACACGGGGAAAUAUCCCGAGCCAUGCGGAAUCGUGGCGUUGAAGUCUAUAUUCCAGGAGAUACCCAUGAAAAUCCACUGGAUCCUCAUGAUGUGAAGCUGCUGUUGCAUGGCUUGGGGCUGUUGGGAAAUGGCAUAUGUGAUACGCUCAUAGCUGUGCACACAGAAGCCAAGGAAACUCUAGCAGGUUCUACAUAUAGUCUUUCAACUCUGAUCCAUACUGCCACACUGAUUGUGCAGCGAUUACACCAAGGACUUGGUUUAGCAAAGAGUUUCUAUAAAGCAUGCUGGGAGGUUUAUGCAUCUACACAGCACACCCAAAAGGACAAAAAGCUUGUGCUUGAUUUGAUAAUGAAGCAUGUUUCAGCAUUGGAGUCAGACGAAACAAAGGACACUUCUCUCCUUGCCUUGGGAUUAUGGCCAGAUUCGGCCUGCAGUGCUGUCUUUGCAGCUGAAGAUUCUCUCCUUUCUACAGUUCAUAGUGAUGGGCAAGUCCUAGCCUACUGCCUGAACAGACUGAACCUAAAAAGCAACAGGACACUUCCUCUUAAUAUACGUGACUUUGAGAAAAUUCUGUGGUCUUCAAAUUCAGAUUGUCUCAAAUUUGCUGCAGUAGAGAUGAAUGAGUCCUGGGCAGAUGAUUUAGAAGUUCUUUCUGCAGCUGUUAAGUUAUUCAUAGAAAAAGCCACCAAUCAAGACUGGACCCUGAGAGUUGGAUGGCUUAAUCAGAUAAAAAAGAAUUUAGCCGAAGUACCUGAUUCUGUGUACACUCAACUAGAAGCUGGUGCUGCAUCUCUGAAUAAUUUCUACUUCAGCCCCCUCUCAAGUGGAAUUAGCAAUGUAAUAAAGAUGCUGCAGCCAAAUAUGACCGAUGAGCAUGUGAUUCCUAUGGAUCCAAGAUGGAACAUGCAGUACUUGGAUACGAUUAGCAAUUCAGUCGAUUUUGAUACAGAAAUAGAACACUCAGAUCAGCUGCUUGUCCUUCUAAAAUCACUUUCAAAUCGGGCAAUCCUGUUUCUGAACCGGGAAAGAAAAAGUUAUGUUGAAAGAAGUUUGAUUAACACCAAAAAAAACAGAACUAGUGCUUUGAGGGUGUCUGUAGAGUUCUAUAAAGAUUCUGGCAACCACAGCUCACUUCCACAUGCUAUUGUGGCCCACCUUGCUGCCUUUUUUGAACUUUGGGAUGCUUUCGUACUGCACUGGGUGAAAUCUACACAAGUUGCUGUGUCUGAUGAGAAAUUAUAUGAAAUUCUACAAAGCUUAUUGUGGCGUGACAGGUUUUGGACAACAUCUGAAACGGUGGCUUUAGAUUCUCCUGGCUUGAUGCUCUUGUCUCUCCACUGGCACUGGGUUGUGAAACAUUUAAUCAGCAGAGUACCUCAGCUUCUGAGCGGAUAUGAACAGCAAAAGUUGUCCAAGGAAAUUCAGUCUGUAUCACAGCAAAUGCAGUCUUCUCUUGCUAGUCCAGAGGGUAUUUCCACCAGCAUUAAAAAGCUACAGAAGACUUUGGGAAAACCUCUUCCCUUCAAGGAAAAAGGAAUCUUGGAAAUUGCGGUCCAGCUCAGGAGACUCUCCAAAGCCCUUCAUGUCCCAGAGCUGAAGCCUGUCAUUGGAGAUGAUCAGUGGCAGAAAGAGAUUUGUAUAUUGAGAACAGUUGCUACAGAGUGGAAAGUAAAAGCAGUGUUACUUCAAGCUCAAGGCCUAGUCUUCCGCGCCAGUUAUUCGAAAGAGUUUUGUUCAGAUGAAUUUCAGACAUUGGUGAAUCUCCAGCAGUCAAAGCUAAAAGAAGCCGGAGCUUUAAUUAGCCCACAUGAAGAGAAGCCUGCUGAAAGCCAGCAACUGGACCCUGCUUUGUUAACUCAGCUGUGUAACCGAGUACAAUUGUGGCCUGGAAUGGAGUAUCUGGCUGUGUUGUGGCAGUACAAGCUGACCUGUGAUUGUAUUGCUGAGGUUUAUUUAAAAAGGAGCAGCAACAAGGAUCCGUUAAACACCUUUUCAGAAAUAAGGCCCUUUAUUGCUUUUUGCCUUCAGUUGACACCAGCUACCUCUCAACAACUUCAAGGACUUUAUUAUCUACUCGACUGUUAUAAGGUCUCUGCUGAUGAAAUUUCACUUCUGUGGUCAGAACUUGCUGUUGCUGCUUUUCAGGCUUUCUGGAGCAGCACAGUAACUACAAGUCCCGAGCGGUGGCUGUCCUGGCAGCCAUUCUCUGUGGAAGAGAAGACGAUAUCCAGCUCAUUAAUGAAUUCUUCUAUCCAGGGUGUGGGUAUUUUGAAUCGAGCAGUUUUCUCCAAGUGCCUCUCUGAAAUUCUAACUAGCAGCAACAAGUGGAGCCAAUGGGAUACAACAGGUCUUCCUAUUCUGUCAGCCUCCAGGGUGACCUUGGGAGCGUGCCUAGAAAAAGCCGAACAGCUUCAGGAGAUCAGGAAAGUUCUGUGGACCAAUGCAGGUUUUUCUUCAGUGGCUGAAUUUAGGCUUACAGAUUCAAGGUUUCAGUAUGUAAUGUUACACAAGCAACUUCUGGCCCUUCAAGAUUUGAUUCCAGUAGAGAUGCAAGAGGAAUAUCUCAGAAACUGCAACAAGGUGUUCUCAAAGGAUUUGGUGGCCCUUCAGUAUAUUUGCAAAGUACUCAGGGACGUUGGUGCUCAAGAGAUGAUGCCCGAACAGAUCCUUUGUCUCUGGCUGACUUGUGUUCAGCAGUUCUGUGGGCAGGAAGUAGGGUUCCAUAACUUGCCUGAAGCAGCUCAGCGAGGUAGCCUCUGGGUAAAUCUAGGUCUUCUGCAAAUCUACCUUUGGCUUCCACAGACGAUGUUUGAUCCUGCAGUGAAAAGAAAAUAUAAACUCAAAUAUGCAGUAGAAGAGCUGCACCAUCUGGAAUGUGAAUGGAAAACUCACAGACUGUCCACUCAGUUACAUACAGGAAAAGAUCUUGAAGAUGAGCCUGUCAGCAGUCACGAUCACCCUCACAUUAGGUUGUUAUGCCAAAGAAUCCAAAAGCUGAAAGAUCAGAUUGCCAGACUUAACCAGAAGCAAGCCUUUCGAUCUCAGAGUCCUUUGUUUGAGUCCUUAUAUCAAGAAGUCCAUCAGUACGUUGGCAGUAUUGCCCAGGUUUCAAAAGUCCAGGAUCUCAUGUCUCGCCUUCUGCAGCUGCUCCGUGCAAACAAGUCCCAGGUGUCUCAGGGGGUGCAGAAUUUGCUAAAUGAAGAAGUCGCUUGGCAGCAGUCACACCAUCAGUUCAGGAGACAUUUGGCAGAGAACUAUGCCGCCUUCCCCGAUGUGGUCGUUCCUCUGCAAGCUGCCAUUUUGCAGAUGCAGCACGGCCUGAGGCUGGUAGCUUCUGAAGUCCAUAAGGCCACCUUUGACAGUUUUGUCAGUCCAGCCAAACUGGGAAGCCUUGUUGUCUCUCUGCUUUCGUUCCCUUCCAUUGGUAGCACCUUCCCCACAUACCUCUUCCAUGCAGAUACAUUGUGUUCGGUGAACUCUCUGGACGUCCUUCGUGGCUUGAAGAGAUUAUCUCUAAAAUACAUUGCUGAAGAGUCUGAGAAAGCAGAAAAUAUAUGCCUUACCCAGGAGCAGCUGCUAGUGAAUGCUUUAUUGUAUCUCCAGUGCCAUGUGUGGUUCAAGGGAGGAAUGGACCAUAAGUCUCUGCUACUUUUCAGGCAUUUGUUUCAGGUAAUUAUAAAUGAAUGGGAUGAGCAAGAGCGCCAGGCCCAAGAGGAAGAGGAACAAAAGAACAGUCUUUAUCGAUAUAAGACCAAGAGCCAUGGAAGUGGCCUGAGUGAGGAAGAGGAGGAAGAGAGAGAGUUCAGGAGGAAAUUCCCUCUUCAUGAAAAGGACUUUGAAGAUAUUACAGCUCAGGAAACUCUUGAGGGGAAAAUGGAAACAGAAGUUGCUUUAGAAGACACAAUUCUCCCUGAAAAAAUUCUUCUUUCUCAUCACUCAAUGAAAACAGUAAUGAUAGUUCAUCAGCAACUUUGUCUUUCCUUUGCCCAAUCCUUGUGGUAUCAACAAAACAUACCAACCAAUCAAAGUAAACUUCAGUUGAACCUGUUUCUUUCCUGCUACCAGACUGGUGUCUCCCUGAUUGCUCACUUUUAUUCCUUGAUUGGUUCAGAAAUAAAUGAUAAUCUUCAUGGCAGCCAACUUCUAGCUAGCACAAUAUUGCAGAAUACACUUUUUGAAAGAGGAAACUCAGAGCUUGCCUUGAAAAGCGAAGGGCCCUAUGACUUUUAUCACCAUCCUAACAUUCAGCAAAUGCAACAAUGUCAAGUUCUGCUCAAAAACUUUCAUAAAGAAGUGAAGGCACUAUUGCAAGAUUGGCCGGAACACCCUGUACUCGUCCAGCUCUUGGUGGUGAUGGACAGAAUUUGUAGAUUUCCGCUCUCCAGCCCUCUUUCAAAGAUUCUAAAUGGCUUGGAAAUUCUGCUAGCCAAGUCUCAGGAUUGGGAAGAGAAUGCUAGUCGGGCUGUGUCUCUGAGGAAACAUCUUGAUCUUAUCACUCAGAUGAUCAUUCAGUGGCGAAAGCUAGAAUUGAAUGGUUGGUCUGCCAGUUUGGACAGUGUAAUGGAACAGUACACAGAAAAAUCCAUGAAGCACUGGUUUUCACUCUAUCAAAUGGUUGAAAAAUACCAACAAGAACAAUCAGAGAAGAAAACUGAAGAAGUUAAUUUAACAUCUGUGGUCGAUACACUGAAACUUUUCAUUGAAGGAUCUACAUUGGGGGAAUUUCAUACAAGACUUCAAAUGUUGUUAGAAUUCCACUGCCAUGUCUUGUUGAUGACACAAAAGGAAGAAAAUAAUGUGCUGUGCAAUGUGUUAUGGAAUCUAUAUAAUUAUUAUAAGCAAUUUUCAGAAUCUGUCCAUGCCAAACUGAUUGAACUGCGACAUCCCAUAGAAAAAGAACUGAAGGAGUUUGUGAAAAUCUCACGAUGGAAUGAUGUUAGCUUUUGGGCUGUAAAACAAUCUGUAGAAAAGACACACAGGACACUGUUUAAAUUUAUGAAGAAAUUUGAAGCUGCUCUUGGUGAACCUUGUCAAUCAGCCUUGGUGGAAAUGCCUAAAGAAGAGCAACUCAUUUCCCUACAGGAUCAAAAAACACCAGAGAAUAUUGAAACUAACAUUCAGAACUUAAACAAUAUGCUGAGGAAACACCUAACUGUAAAAUUAGAUGCUACUCAGGCUCUUCAUUUAGAAGACUUCCAGGGGUGGGCAUUUCAUCCAGAAUCACUUCAGGAACGCUUACCUAAACUCACAAAACGAAUGAAGAAGAUAUGUGCAAAUCUAGUGAAAGAUAAUUCUAUCUUGGACUUGGUGGAGAAUCUUGACAAUUUUACUGGUGACGUAAUUUCUUCUGCCCACAAAUUGCAGAACAUGUCUGUGAAUUCAACUUUAGAAAAGGAAAAACAGAAAUCUGAAGCCAAACACUUACUUCUGCAAAAACAAAGGGCUCUAGCAGAGCUCUUCAAACACCUUGCAACUACAGGAUUAUCGUAUCGCAAAGGCCUGACUUGGUCUCGUUCCAAAAGUUCGCAAAAUAUGCUUUUCCUUCAUCCAUUGGAUUUAAACAGAGCAUUGGCUUUAGUUAACCGCACACAUAAAUUGGAUGCAACGUUACUCUCUCAAAUCUCUUUGUCCUGGGAUGGAUGCCAGAAAUACUUCUAUCGGUCUCUUGCACAUCACUGUAGGCUUCAGACAGCAUUAUUAGCACCUUCAAAGGAGAUUGGAGUAAGUACUGUUGAGCGAUGUAAAGGAUUCACUGCGCACCUCAUGAAGAUGCUUGUCAAACAGAGGAAGUCUCUCGUUGCUUUGACAGAACAGUGGGUUUUCCUGAGGAAUCAGCUAAGCUGUAUACAAGAGAUUGAUGCCAGACUGUCUCCUGGGAGUGAAUACGAAGUGGUUUUCCCUCCUCAAGAAGGUGUUCAGCAGUGGACUGACAGACUGCAGUAUCUUUCCAUGCAGUGUGUAGUGCUUCUAGAACAGCUGUCUUGGUUUAUAGAGUGCUGUCCAGAAGACCAAACUUUGAACACCCCUCGGACAGAAAUAAAAUCAGAAGGGGUAGAAUUGAAUUCUUCUACUAUUCUAAAGUCACUUCCAGAACUGGAUCCAUCAGACCUACAGUAUCUCACACCAGUGAGUCCAGAACAGCUGCCUGCUGCAUGCAGGAUGCGAAAGCAGGAUACGCUAUAUCAGCAGCUGGCUUCCAAGGUGAAAGAGAUGCUAGUAGAGGUGAAGACAGUAAAAUCAGACGUGGACAGAAUAAGACAGGUGUCUUCUGAGACACUCUUCCAUUCUUGGAGAAGCUUUGAAGUGUGCUCUUCAGGAGUGGAUUGUUUGCUGAAAGUUUCAACCCAGCUGCAAGAUAUUGAGCUGUUGUUUUCACCACCUGAUUCUCAGGUCAAUCAAAUUGGAUCACAGAUGGCGUUAAUCAGGAGUCUCAUAUAUAUCCAAGGAGAAAUUAAUAGCAGUGUAGAUGAUUUUGCUAUCUGGAAGACACAGCUCUUCAGUUCAAUUUCACACUGUGAAGAUGAGGAAACAUCAGAUGAUGGAUUUGUAGAACACUUUUCAAAACAAAUAGAACUUGCAAUCCACGUUAUCUUGAGUUCUGUCCAGUGUUUGGUUGAAAGAAGAAAAGACGAAGAGAUAUUCCCAAAAGAAGAUGGGGAAGAAUCUUCGGUUGAUGGGCUCCAGAGAGGGCAUUUAACUAAAUUCUUAGAUGAAGAAAUUUGUUCCGAUGUGAAUUCUUUGCAUAUACAAAAAAUAAUUUCAGUCAUUUCUGAACUCCUGGAGCAAUUGAAAUCUUAUGGCGAGGAUUACACUGCAUACAAAUGCAAGCUUUUUAAUCAGGCCUGCCACUUGCUGGUACGCCUAAUGCCAAUUCUUUGCAAAUAUUCCAGUAUUGUCCUUUUCUACCUCACGGUUUCCUUGGCUACACAUAGGAGUACUGCAAAAUUGCUUUUUGUCUUGUCAAACAUAUUUACAGAAAUUGCACAAAAGGGGUUUUGUUUACCAAAAGAAAUUAUUGAGGAUGGAGGAGAAGGAGGAACAGAAUUCCAUGAUUAUGAAGAUGGUGGCAUUGGAGAAGGGGAAGGGAAAAAGGAUGUUAGUGACAAGAUAGAAAAUGAAGACCAGGUAGAAGAUACUUACCAAAAAGGUCAGGAAAAGGAAGAUCCAGAUUCUAAACCAGAUAUUGAGGGAGAGGAUAAUGCAAUUGAAAUGUCUGAAGAUUUUGAAGGGAAAACAUAUGAUGGAGAGCAAGAAAAAGAAGAAGAGGAUGAUAAGUCUGAUGAAGAUGAAGACUUGGAUAAGCAGAUGGGAAAUCUUGGAGAUGGAGAUGCUGACAAAUUGGACGAGAGGCUUUGGGGAGAUGAUGAUGAGGAAGAAGAAGAGGAUGAAGAUGAAGAUGGGAAAACAGAAACUGGACCAGGGAUGGAUGAGGGAGAUUCCGAAUUGGUGGCAAAAGAUGACAAUAUAGGAGUUGAUAAUCAAAAUGAGAAGAAAUCACCCAAGGAUGAAGAAAAAGAGAACCAAGGAGGUGACGGUGAAGCCAAAGAGAAAAUCCAUGAACAAAUAGAUGAGGGUGAAUAUGAUGAGAAUGAAGUGGAUCCUUACCAUGGAAAGCAAGAAAAACAACCUGAAGCCGAAGCCCUGGAGCUUGACCAUGAGCUGAAUCUUGGAAAUGAAGAGAUGGAUGAGGAAGACGAAGAAGAAGAAGAAGGAGAAAAUCCUUUUGAGAUUGAAGAGAAGGCGAUAGAUGUAGAUGAAAAGGAAACGGAAGAUAACACUGAAGAUGUGGAUGAAGAUAGACAGGAUUCUGAGCAAGUCGAAAAAGAUCCUUCUGAAGAUAAAAAUGAAGAAGGAACAGAGAAUUCUGAUGCAAAUACAGGGGAAGAAGAGGACUCUACAGUAGAAGAGCAAAAAGCUGAAGAGAAAGAACAGAACGUUUCCACUACUGAUCAAGGCCUUUGUCCUCAGAAAAUUGAUGAAGCUGGUAAUGAUACUGAAAACGAGGAACAGUUACCUGAAGCCGUGGAAAGAAUGGAACAUGAGGCAUACGGAGAGGCAGGCGAAGAGAAUCUGCAGAGCGAUACAGCUGUUGAGUUGGUUGGAACUGCAUCUGAGAAGGAUCAGGCAAAAGAGGAACAUGGGAGUGGAACUUCGGAUGCAAAUCAGCCAGAAGGACAUGAAUCUGAACUAAUGGCACAUCUAGCUUCACAGAAACAAAGCAGAAAAAAUACCCAGAGUUAUAAAAGAAAGCCAGGACAAGCUGACAACGAGCGCACAACAGGAGAUCAGAACCAGCCUGUUCACAAGCGACUGAGAACUGUUGAGUCUAGCCAGAAAGCAGAGGAAACACCAGUUCAGCCAGGGCAACAUCAGGUGGAAGCUGACACCUUUGAGCAUAUUAAACAAGGCAGAGAAUCCUAUGAUGCCCAGACCUACGACGUAGCAAGUGAAGAACAACAGAAAUCAAUUUUACCUGUUAAUGAAGACAGCGAAGAAACCGUUUCUGAAGAUCUGGCUAUGGAAACAGAAGAUCACUCUGCUGAGGAACUCAAAACUUCAGAGGUAGAAAAACUGAAUCCAGAAGUAAAAAUGUCUGGAGCUUCCAAAUCUGGACCUGAGCAGAUAGAGGCAGACAGCCAAGUUCCUAAUUCUGAAGAUGCUGAAGAAAGAGAAGCAAACUCUUUACUGUCAGAAGUAAAGUUGGACCGAAACAAGCAGUCUACUAUUCAUACCGCUCAUCAGUUUUUGAAGGACCCUAACGUACAGCACAUUUUUAAAAACCCCGAAGAACUAAGGCAAGAACUAGAGAAGCAGCUUGAAGCCUGGAAGAUUAGAAAUCCUUUAGAGGGGAAUGCAGCUGCCGAAGAGAUGUGGCAGAGAUACCUUCUGCUCACUGAACCUCUUUCACAGCAGCUCUGUGAGCAGCUCCGACUCCUCCUGGAACCAACUCAGGCAGCCAAGCUGAAAGGUGAUUAUAGAACAGGAAAAAGGUUGAACAUGCGCAAAGUAAUUCCAUACAUUGCAAGCCAAUUCCGAAAAGAUAAAAUAUGGUUACGAAGGACCAAACCCAGCAAACGGCAAUACCAGAUUUGUUUGGCCCUUGAUGACUCUGCCAGCAUGGUAGACAAUCACUCUAAACAGCUUGCAUAUGAAUCCUUAGCAGUGAUUGGGAAUGCAUUGACACUUUUAGAAGUGGGACAAAUUGCAGUAUGUAGUUUUGGAGAGACAGUUCAGCUGCUACAUCCAUUCCAUGAACAAUUCAAUGACCGAUCAGGAGCAAGAGUACUACAGCUCUGCAAAUUUGAACAAAAGAAGACUAAGCUAGCUCAGUUUUUAGAAUCAUCAAUAAAUAUGUUUGCUGCAGCACAACACUUGUCUUCAAACAUCAAUCCAGAAACUGCUCAGUUACUCCUAAUAGUAUCAGAUGGAAGAGGUAUUUUCCUUGAGGGCAAGGAACAUGUCAAAGCAGCUGUUCAAUCUGUGCAGAAUGCAAAUAUCUUCGUUAUUUUUGUAAUAUUGGACAAUCCUAAUUCACGGGAUUCAGUCUUGGAUAUUAAAGUACCUGUAUUCACACGGCCUGGAGAAUUGCUAGAAAUAAGGUCAUACAUGGAAGAAUUUCCCUUUCCUUUCUACAUAAUUCUUAGAGAUGUGAAUGCCCUGCCAGAGACUCUCAGUGAUGCCCUUAGGCAAUGGUUUGAACUGGUGACUGCUUCAGACAGUUUGUAGAGUGCACCAAGAUUUCAUCCAAGCGUAUAAGCUGAUGUUCAAGGGGGCCAGAAAUCCAAGACCUCAAACUUGCAUUUUCCCUUCUCAGUGCAGGAGACCAUGAUGAACUCAGACAUCAUCCCUAGUUUCCUUGCCAGUAUUGGGAAACAGUGAAAAAACAUAUUUUUUCUUUGUUGUUGUUAUUUUACUUUCAGUAAGUUAUUCUAGGGUUUAUUUGAUAUCCUCAUCAUUAGGAAUUAGGCAGGCUUGUUGAAUAGUAAGAAGCAAGUUUUGCUUCCAAAAGAGGAAGUUGAACUUGAACUGUUGAACUAUAAUAAAAAUAGUUUGCUUUUAAGUCACCUGCGUGAGUGGACCCUGUGUUGAGGAGAUGGGGAGGUUAAAUUUUACACAGCCAAAAAUAAUAAUUUCCUUUGAAUACUUGAAAUUAUUCAAUAUUGCUAAAUGGUUGCUGCAAGGGUAUUUUUGUUACAUUAAAGACUGAAUUAUCAUUUUACACUGUGACUUUUGCCUUCUGUCCAAGGCAGUUAUUAGGACACACUUGCAAGGGAUUUUUUCUCCCCAACCCUUUUUCAUUGCAAAAACUAUGCAUUGUUUGUGAUUAUUAAUAAAGCCAUCUUUUUGUUUGUAGU